UCCUUUUAAUUGCAAUGGCACUUGCCAUAGGAGCUGCGGCUGACGAUUGCUGUCAAAGUGGAGAGACCAAAGCCGAUGAAGAUGACUGCACCAAGUAUUAUGCCUGCUGUACUGGUCAAUUCGUUCACAAGUCUUGCCCCAGCGGAGAAUACUGGAACUCACAGAGCGCCAGUUGCGAAACAGACAAUGGCCAAUGCAGUCCCUGCACAUGCACAGAGGGAGAGACCCAGUCGGACUCCUCAGACUGCACGAAAUAUCUGGUCUGUAAGAACGGAGAGUUUGUAUCCGCAUCCUGCGAUAGUGGAGACUACUGGAACGCUGAUAGCGGCAAGUGUGAGAAGGAUAAUGGCCAGUGCAUUCCUCAAACAUGUACAGAGGGAGAGACCAAGUCGGACUCCUCAGACUGCACUAAAUAUCUGGUCUGCAAGAACGGAGAGUUUGUUUCCGCGUCCUGCGAUAGCGGAGACUACUGGAACUCCCAGAGCGGCAAGUGUGAGAAGGAUAAUGGCCAGUGCAUUCCUCAAACAUGUACAGAUGGAGAGACUAAAGCGAACCCAACAGACUGCACUAAAUAUCAGGUCUGCAAGGACGGAGUGUUUGUGUCGGCGUCCUGCGAUAGCGGAGACUACUGGAACUCUGAUAGCGGCAAGUGCGAAAAGGAUAAUGGGCAAUGCGUUCCAACAACAUGCACAGAUGGCGAAAUUGAAGUUAAUCCUGCUGAUUGUGCCGGAUAUUUUGAGUGUGUGGAUGGCACGCUGGUCAGGAGGAAGUGCGCCAGCCAGACCUAUUUCGAUACGGACCUAAAGAUUUGUGUUAUCGACACUGAGGGCGUGUGCAUUCCCAAGGUCUGCGAUCCCGAGUGCUGUGAUUAUCCCAAUGAUUGGAUCGGUCCCGUCGAUAAGAACUGCUCCGCAUUCAUUCACUGCCUCUAUGGCCACAUGAUCCUGCAAACCUGUCCAAACAAUCUGCAGUUCAAUAAUCUAACAAAGGAGUGCGACUAUCCCGAUGUUGUCCAAUGCGACGAUGGCAGUCCGCCACCCAGCGGUCCCACUGCCGGCCCCUCGGGCACCUACUGUGAGAGCAAGGGCGUCUGUGUUGGACAUCGCGAUGGUACCAUGUUCGCCGUUGGCAACAGCGGAGGCUAUAUUGUUUGCCAGUGCGAAUGUGAGAUUAACUUUACGUGCUCACCUGGCCUGGUUUUCAACGAGCAGAUCCGUUCCUGCGACUGGCCUGCUAGCCGCUAA